AUAUACUCAUUAUCAUAAUCUUCCUCAUUAUAGUAGCUUUACUUGCCUUUUUUUUUUACUACCUUUCUUCUAUGGCAGCCAACCAAGUUCACGACCAACCAUCACCCUUAAAUGAAGUUAAAUCAUUCGAUGUUGAGCAACAAACUAAAAACGAUGAAUUAGACUACACCAAAAGGGGACAAUGGCUUAGAGCUGCCAUCUUGAGUGCAAAUGAUGGGUUGCUUUCCACUGCAUCCCUUAUGAUUGGAGUUGGAGCUGUCCGAACAGAUAUUAAAACCGUGAUCCUUUCUGGGGUUGCUGGGUUGGUUGCCGGAGCAUGUAGUAUGGCCAUCGGAAAGCUCGUCUCUGUUUACUCACAAUAUGACAUUGAAAUGGCACAAAUGAAGAGAGAUGGUAGCACUGAUAACGUGGGAGUGGAGGAACUAAAUGCUGAGAAAGAGAAAUUGCCAAACCCUUGGCAUGCAGCUGGAGCAUCAGCACUUUCAUUUGCCGUGGGAGCAUUAGUACCGCUAUUGGGGGCAGCGUUUAUAAAGGACUAUGCAGUGAGGGUGGGAGUGGUAAUUGGGGUUGUGAGUUUUGCCUUGUUAGGGUUUGGAGGGCUAGGUGCUUUUCUAGGGAAGGCACCUAUUGUGAAGUCCUCCUUAAGGGUUUUAAUCGGAGAUUGGUUUGCUAUGGGAGUUACUUAUGGCUUAACCAAAUUUGUUGGUAAGUCUGGACUGUAAUCAUAUGCUAGUUUUUGAAGCCUUUUUCUUUUCAAGAUCUCUUGGAUCUUGUAGUAUAGUCUUGUAGUGUUACAAGCACAAAUAAACUUGCCUUUUUCUUUUCAUUGUAGUACCUAUCUUGUAGUGUUA